AUGGCGCUGAGCCCCGUGUUCCGGCAGCUGGUGGACAAGCGGGUGGUGCUGGCCAGCGCCUCCCCGCGCAGGCAGGAGAUCCUCACCAACGCGGGCCUCCGAUUUGAAGUUGUUCCUUCCUGGUUCAAAGAAACACUUGAGAAGUCAUCUUUUGCAGCACCUUAUGAAUAUGCGGUAGAAACUGCAAAACAAAAAGCCCUGGAAGUGGCUAACAGAAUGCACCUGAAACAUCUUAGAACGCCAGAUAUCGUUAUAGGAGCAGACACUAUAGUUACAAUAGAAGAACAAAUCUUGGAAAAACCAGUGGAUAAGCAAGAUGCAUAUAAAAUGCUUUCAAGGUUGAGUGGGAAGGAACACAGUGUCUUCACAGGUGUUGCCAUUGUUCACUGCAGCUGUAAAGAUACUCAGCUAGAGACUGAAGUGAGAGAUUUCUAUGAAGAGACAAAAGUUAAAUUUGCUGAACUCUCUGAGGAACUCUUGUGGGACUACAUCCACAGCGGAGAGCCAAUGGACAAAGCUGGUGGAUAUGGGAUCCAGGCUCUUGGGGGAAUGUUAGUGGAAUAUGUGCAUGGAGAUUUCUUGAAUGUGGUAGGAUUUCCUCUGAAUCAUUUCUGCAAAAAGUUAUCGGAACUAUAUUAUCCGCCCCCAAAGCACACCAUCCACCAUAUAAAGCAUGACUCUAUCCCUUCAGUAGAGACCUUUGAAAUCCCAAGCGAUGGGGAAUGUGACUCUUCAGAUAAUACAUCGUGCAAAGGUGCUAAGAAACCAAACAACAGCGGAAUUAUCCAUCCCUCAGGAAAAUGUAUAAAUGGCAGCGGCAAUUGUAUUAUGCCUGUGGACAGUCAGAAUGGUGUAAAGGAAAACACAACACAGUUCCCACCUAAACUUGUGCAACUACUGGAUGGUUUCAAGGCAUCAAAGGCAUUGUUUGUGUCCAGUAAGUUGAAAAUAUUUGAUCUUCUUAAAGAGAAGGGUGCCAUGACCUCUGUGGACAUUGCAAGUCGAGUGAAAGCCUCUGUGCGUGGCACAGAAAGGCUCCUGGAUGCCUGUGCUGCUCUUGGCCUACUGGAAAAAACCCAUCAAGGUUACAGCAAUGCAGAUUUGGCAGACUUGUACCUGGUGUCCAACAGUGAAUCAUCCCUUCAUGACUUUGUUCUCCACUGUGAUGAACGCAUGUGGCCUCUGUAUACACGCUUGGAAUUGGCAGUCAGAGAGGGGACUUCACAGAACCAUUGCCCAUUUGGGAAGAAAGGAGAGGAUUUGUUUCAGGAUUUCUACUAUCAAAGUACAGAAAUGAAGCAGCAUUUUAUGAGUGCCAUGGACAGUAUUGCCAAAGUGACAGCAAGAGAUGUAGCCUCAGCGUUUGAUCUUUCCCAGUUCAGAGUUGUAUGUGACUUAGGAGGCUGCACUGGAGCUCUAGCCUAUGAACUCAUUGAGAUCUACCCGGAGAUGAAAGUCACUGUGUUCGACCUUCCAGAUGUCAUUUCAAAUAUCUCCAGCUUUCAGCCUUCAAGACAAAAUACAGCGCAGAUAUCCUUCUCAUCAGGUGACUUUUUCAAAGAUAAUUUUCCAGAAGCAGAACUUUAUAUUCUUUCACGAGUUCUACAUGACUGGUGUGAAGAAAAGAUUCAUAUCCUUUUAAGUAAGCUGUCUGCUGUUUGCAAGCCAGGAAGUGCUUUGCUAGUGGCAGAAACUGUGCUGGAUGAGAAGCGAACAAGUCCUGCUCGAGCUGUUUUACAAUCUCUCACCAUGACGGAAGGCAAGCAAAGGAGUAAUUUGGAAUACCAGCAGUUGUUGGAAAAAUACGGAUUCACCAAUGUGCAGAUUAAGAUAACAGGAAAUCUGUUAGAUGUAAUUCUGUGCUUUAAGAAAGUGUCACCCUAUUAAAUUGAAUGACAGAUAUUUGAACAAGCA